AUGGCGAGUGAAGUAUAUGACCUGGUCAUCACGAACGGAAUCGUCGUCACCGCAGACGAGAUCCGAGAAGUGGAUGUGGCUAUUACCGGCGAGACCAUCGCAGCAAUCAAAGAACGUGGUGCUUUUCGGGAAGCCCAAGUCGCCAAGUUCAUUGAUGCCAAAGGAGGAUGGGUCAUGCCAGGCGGUAUAGACGCUCAUGUACAUUUGCAAGAACCGCAGCUGUUCGGUAAAGGUCGCAGUGUCGACACCUUCGAAACCGGCACCAGAUCUGCCAUCUGCGGCGGGACUACAACUGUCAUUGCCUUCGCCCCACAAGCCCGAUCGGAAGAAAGUGUCCUCCCGACGCUCGAAGCCACUCACUCCAAAGCCGCCGGAAGCGCGUAUGCCGACUACUCCUUCCACAUCAUCCUCAGUAACCCUUCUCCACUCGCCCUCUCCGAGUUCCCACUCCUCCGCGAGGCCGGAAUCUCCAGUCUGAAAAUCUACAUGACUUACGAAGUGCUCCAACUCAACGACACGCAGAUCCUCGAUGUCCUGUUCGAAGCGCGCAAACACCACCUCACGACGAUGAUUCACGCGGAAAACAACGAUGUGAUUCUGUGGAUGACCAAGAAACUCGAAGAGAGGAAGCUCUUCGCGCCCAAAUACCACGCUACGUCCCAUCCUGCUCUCGCUGAAGUCGAAGCGACAUAUCGUGCUAUUUGUCUGUCGGAAUUCAUCGAUGCGCCCAUCUUGCUCGUGCACAUUUCCUCUCCCGUCGCCGCGGACCAUGCGAGAGUUGCGCAAGGGAGAGGCUUACCCGUGUUUGCCGAGACGUGUCCCCAAUAUGUGCUGUUGACGAAACAUGAUCUGGACAAGCCGGGUUUCGAGGGUGCCAUGUGUGUAUGCAGUCCUCCUCCACGAGAGAGCGAGGCAGAUCACGAAGGGAUUUGGAAAGGGUUGGUCGAUGGGACGUUUACCGUGUUGAGUUCGGAUCAUUGUCCGUUUUUGUACGAUGAUGCAGAGACGGGGAAGAAGACGUGUAUCAGUGCAGAGUUUCCCGAGGGCAAGUUCAAGUAUAUCCCGAAUGGAAUUCCGGGAAUUGAGACCCGGCUGCCGUUGACCUUGAGUGCGGAACGACUGGAUGUGAGGAAGUUUGUCGAAGUCACGAGCACGAAUGUGGCGAAAUUGUAUGGGCUGUAUCCUAGAAAAGGCGAGAUUGCCGUAGGGAGCGAUGCCGAUAUAGUGAUUUGGAACCCGGAAUCAGAGGCGACGUCGUUUACACUCAGCAACAAAAUGCUGCAUCACGCGUGUGAUUACACGCCGUACGAGGGAAAGACGCUCAAAUAUUGGCCCGUCUAUACCAUUCUGCGAGGCCAGGUCAUGUGGGAUCAAGGCGCAGGCGGUCUGAUCGGAAAGAAAGGCCAGGGUCAGUUUCUGCGUCGGGGAACGAGUGCUUUGCAGGGCAGUCGGAGUGAGGCCGAGUGGGAUGUCACUUUUUGAUCAUUCUUUUCCUCUCCGUAAGAAAGAUCCAUGAUGGAGUAGCAUACUCCUGUUACUCCUAUCGAAGGGAUCAAGUCGAAGUGAACGACUAUUCUUUCCAACAGUUUCUGAGAGGGAUCCGUAGCGGAAAUAUUGGGAUCCUUUCAGAUACCUCGUUUUGGACUUGAUCAGAUAUUCGUAUUGAAGACGAGGUUGUUGAAAGAGGAAUAAAAAUGAAAACAAAU